GAGGGACCAAGGCCACAGCUUCCAGACCUGGCCUCUUCUCCCAGCCAGCAUGAUGCUGCAGGCCUUGCUGCUGCCCCUGCUCUGGGCGGGGUCCCUGCAGGAGGAACCAAGCUACUGGCUGCAGGUGCAAGACUCGGUGACGGUGCAGCAGAACCUGUGUGCCCUGGUGCCCUGCUCCUUCUCCUACCCCCAGGACGGCUGGAACAACUCUACCCCCGCUUAUGGCUACUGGUACCGGCAGAACAAGACUCACAAAUUUGAUCACAAAGCAGAUGCACUUGUGGCCACAAACAACCCAGACAAGAAUGUUGGAGUGAGAACCAAACCACGUUUCCAGCUUCUUGGGGACGCCAGGCAUGGCAACUGUUCCCUGAAGAUCACAGAAGCCCACACGGGGGACAGUGGACUUUACUAUUUUCGUGUGGAGAGAGGAUCAAUGAAAUAUAAUUACGUGAAUCGGGUGCUUAGAGUGACUGUGACAGAACUGACACAGACCCCGGACAUCUACAUCCCGGAGCCCCUGGUAUCUGGCCACCCCAGUCAACUGGUCUGUUCCAUGGCCCACACCUGCAGUGGGGACACAGCCCCCAGAUUCUCCUGGCACGGAGCUGCCUUGAGGCCCCCAGGAUCAGGCUUGGGGGUUCACAGCCCCUCCCAGAUCCUGCUCAUACCGUACCCUCAGGACCACAACACCUUGCUCACCUGCCAGGUGACUUUUCCCACAACUGGCCUGACCAAGGAGAGGACUGUCCAGCUCAGCGUGUCCUAUCCUCCUCAGAACCUGACCAUCAGUGUCACCAGCGCCAAUGGCACAGUCCCCAUCACCCUCAUCCAUGCCCUUGCCACCUCCCUGCAGGAUAACAGCUAUGAGAACUGGCCAGAAAGCCCGCACUGCCCACACCCUGCUGCAGGCACAGCCACUCUGGAACAGGAGGAGGAGGAAGAGGAGGAGGAUGACUACACCCCCAUAGACUUCUAG